UCUUAAGUCAACUUUGCCUUGUGCGGCAGUAUGGAAACAGACACGAGCAGGUAGUUAACAGCGAAAGACUAGAUUUUAUCAAGGUGUGCUGCGAAACUUACGUAAACAAAUGAUUAUACGUAAAUAGUUUCCGAUAAGUGCAAUAAGUUAUUAGUUCACAUGGAUUAACGUUUGCGUGUGUGUUUUGGACAUAAACCUUUUUGAAGACAGCUUGAAUAAACGCCGGAGAAAUGAAUAAUAUUUCGUUUGACGAUACGUCACUGGACACCUUGGAUCCCAGUUUAUCUUACCAUGAUCCGAGUGGUAUUGACACAGCCCUACUCAAUGAUAUUGAUGACAUGCUCCAGCUUAUCAACAACACGGACAUGGAGUUCGGAGGGUUGUUUGAUAACGCAUCGUUCACCGCUACCCCCUCUCUCGGCCAGGAGCUCACGGCCCUGCCUCACUCCAGCCCCUCUUCUCCUCCACCCGCAUCCUCUACACCCACCACCACCCCCUCUAUCCUCAGCAGCAGCCCACACCUGGACGCCCUGCUGGGUCCCCCCAUCACCCGCAGUUCCUCCGUCCCGGACAAAACGUUUCAGCCUUCCACUUUCCAGCAAUCUCCCCUGGCACAGGUGAACUCCACUCCUGCCAACCCCAUCACACUGCAGACCACACAGCCCAAAGCUCAGCCCGCUCCGUCCCCCAGCCUUCACCCAACCACCCCAGUGACCCAGAGCAACGCUGGUCCGGUCGGAAAGAGCCCUGUGUUCGUCUCUACCCAGCAGACUCUCUUCAGUUCACCUGCACCGCAGCAGUCUGUCGUCACUUACCCUAACCUGAACGGUUACACUGCUGUCACUCAGCAGAGCUCUCCUCAGCCAACCCCGAGUCUCCCCGCCUCUCCGCAGAAUGUUCAGCCAAUGGCCAUUCAAACGCAGGUGCAGACCCUGUCGGCUUCACCCAUCCUGACCGCGACUUCCAGCCCACCGACACACACCAUCUCUACUCAGGUUCAACAGGUUCCUGUCUUGUUGCAGCCUCAGUUCAUAAAGGCUGAGUCUCUCCUGCUCACCACCCUAAAGCCAGAUGUUACCAUGGUAACGACAGUGGCAUCACCCUGCAUCACAUCGCUGGCUACAUCCACUGCACCUAUACAGAACAGCCAACUGCAGGCUCUGAUGAGUGGAGGCACAAUCCUGACCACGGUCCCGUUGAUGGUGGACACAGAGAAACUUCCCAUUAACCGCAUCGCCAUCAGUGGGAAACCAGGCUGCAUGCCACACAAGGGUGAGAAACGUACGGCACACAACGCCAUCGAGAAACGCUACCGCUCCUCAAUUAAUGACAAGAUCCUUGAGCUCAAAGACCUGGUGGCUGGAACCGAAGCUAAGCUCAAUAAAUCAGCAGUGUUGAGGAAAGCCAUCGACUUCAUCCGCUACCUUCAGCAGUCCAACCAAAAGCUAAAGCAGGAGAACAUGGCGCUCAAAAUGUCCGUCCAGAAGAACAAGUCUCUAAAGGACCUUGUGACCAUGGAAGUGGACGUGAAACCAGAAAUCCCCACCCCUCCAGCUUCAGACGUCGGUUCACCCCAGUCCAGUGGAGCCUACUCCCACAACGGCAGCGAUUCGGAGCCGGACAGCCCGAUGGGAGAAGAUAGCAAGCCUGUGGUUGAGAGAGCUGGAGGAAUGCUGGACCGCUCUCGUAUGGCCCUGUGCGCUUUCACCCUCCUCUUCCUCUCAUUUAACCCACUGGCGUCUUUGUUGUGUGGGGGCUGGAGCAGCUCAGGAGCUUCAGUCUCAGGAUCUACUGCAGCAAGGAGUAUGCUGUCCAUACCAGAAGCAGCAGAGUCAUGGGGUUGGAUGGACUGGAUGCUGCCCACCCUGUUGGUCUGGCUGUUGAAUGGUGUUCUUGUUGCCGGAGUUUUAAUCCGACUGCUUGUGUACGGGGAACCCGUGACCAGACCUCACUCCGAAUCAUCGGUCCUCUUCUGGAGACAUCGCAAACAGGCCGACCUGGAUCUGGCCAGGGGAGAUUUCGCUCAGGCGUCUCAGAACCUCUGGACGUGUCUUAAGGCUCUUGGCCGUCCUCUGCCCACCUCUCAGCUGGACCUGACAUGUGCCGUCCUGUGGUCUGCUCUUCGUCUGUGUCUCCAGAGGCUCUGGGUGGGCCGCUGGCUAGCCAACCGCGCCGGGGCCCUUCGGUCAAAUCGGCCCCUACAGGAGGACGCACGCAAGAGCUGCCGUGAUGCAGCAUUGGUCUACCACCGUUUACAUCAACUGCACAUGACCGGUAAACUGGGUGGCAGUCACCUCUCUGCGAUCCACAUGGCUCUGAGCGCUCUGAACCUAGCCGAGUGUGCAGGAGACUGUUUUUCCAUCGCUACGAUGGCUGAAAUCUACGUGUCCACAGCCCUCCGAGUUAAAACCACCCUGCCCCGCCUGCUUCACUUUACCACUCGAGUGUUCUUGAGCAGCGCUCGGCAGGCCUGUCUGUCACCCAGUGGCAGUGUCCCGCCCGCUAUGCAGUGGUUGUGUCAUCCUCUGGGUCAUCGUUUCUUUGUGGAUGGAGACUGGUCCAUACGCAGCACCCCGAAAGAAAGCAUCUACAGUCAGGCCGGAAACUCAGUUGACCCGCUGGCUCAGGUGACCCAGGCGUUUCGCGAGCAUCUGCUGGAGAAGGCCCUGUACUGCGUGGCCCAGCCGCGAGGCGAUAAGACCCUUACAGAUGAUGAUGGGGAAUACUCGGACGCUCUGGAAUACCUGCAGUUACUGACCAGCGCAUCAGAUGCGGCAGGAGCCACGACCCAAUGCUUUGCCAUCGGAUCCAACAUGGCCACCGUUACAGGCUGCGACCCUCACUCGAAAUGGUGGUCAUCGGUUGCCGUGGUGAUCAUCAAUUGGCUCCAAGGAGACGAUAUGGCGGCAGAGAGAUUGUACCCAGCGGUGGAGCAUUUACCCCGCAGCUUGCAGUCCGCCGAGAGUUCACUGCCCAAAGCCUGUCUCAACAUGUUUAAAGCAGUGCGCACCCUGCUGGCCAAACCGGAGAACUACCAGCUCAGCCUCAGCUACUGCGAUAUAGCCAGCAGCCUGUUCAGAGACAGCCUCAACCUCGGCCCACAUUGUAACACCAACAGUUUAGACAAGCUGGUGCAGUUGCUGCUGUGUGAUCUGCUGUUGGUGACGCGCACUAACGUAUGGAGGGAGCAGCAGGUGGAGUCGCAGCAGAGCUCCCCGACGGCCGCGUCACCCGCAGAGCUGCAGGGCUUCCAGCAAGACCUGAGCUCUCUCCGCAAACUCGCUCAGAGCUUCAGACCGGCCAUGCGGAGGUUGUUCCUGCAUGAAGCCACCGCUCGGCUGAUGGCAGGUGCCAGUCCAACACGUACACACCAGCUUUUGGACCGCAGUCUGCGUCGCCGUGCCACACCUGGAAGCAGAACAGAGGAGUGUGAGAUUCGGCCAGGCCACCGGGAGCAGGCGGAGGCCGUGAUACUUGCCUGCCGCUAUCUUCCCCCCUCCUUCCUAUCAGCUCCCGGGCAGAGGGUGGGCAUGCUGGUGGACGCCGCCCGGACAUUGGAGAAACUGGGCGACAAACGCACCCUUCACGACUGCCAACAGAUGAUCAUCAAACUCGGGAGCGGAACGACCGUCACUACCACCUAGCCAACCACACACGCUAUUACAAGCACUUACACAAAGACACCCCGUGAUCUCUCCGUAGAGAUUCGUAAAGCUCUUUAUGUCACGUUCAUCCAGGUACUGAGAGGUCGAAGGUCUUAUGUUUCCUUCUGAUUCCUGAUGCCAUAUUCUUAACAAAUCACAGAUUCACGACCCCUUUUACAAACACAAAGUGUUUUUAUAUGAAAUUAAUUAUUUAACUUAUUUAUCUGCCCUAUGAUAAAUUAAACAGAAGUUAUUUUGUAUUCUUAUUUUCUUUUAUGAAAAGUCUUUAUGAAUUGAUGCACUAUCAGCUCUGACUUUGGCCACUAGAUGGCGUUUUGGUGGGGUGAACUGGGUAUUGUAGAGCUUUUCCGCUUUACUGUAGCACCUUUAGAGACAAACAUACAUUACAAUAAUAGAGAUGAGAGAUUUCGUUUAUUUCAACUGUUAGUUGAAAGAGUAAAUGAAUUCCCGUUUACGGCAUCGCCUGGAAUGAAAUCCGACUAUAUCGAUUUAUAGGCUUUUUAAAAGAGCUUUUUCUUUGUGUAUAUAUGUUUUACGUGUAUUUAUGAUUUGUCUGACGCCGUGGGUAAGCAGUAUUUGCAAUAGAGGGGGUGAUGGGGUUACGUUUUGGGGAUGAAGAAGGAUGCGUGCCUAUUUGCACUAUUAUUGAGGCUGCUUGGUUACCUACAGACAAAGAAGCCCAACCUUUGCCAUUGAGCCAACUAUUGGGUUUAUUUCUGACAGUGACGGUUUUGAGUCUUCCAUUGGGGUCGAAUUAAUUUCACCUCCAUCGAAUGUUAUACAAGUACUGAUCGUAAGCAAAGACAUCAGCGUUUAUAUCUUUAUCCAAAGAUGUGAUUUAAGAUGUGAGGAUCUGCCUGCAGCUUUUGUUAGGGAGUGAAACAUAUUUAUAUUUCAUUUAUAGCCACAACAAUAUAAAAACUGAUUACUAGCCGGUUUAGAUGGUGAGAGAUUUGCUACUGACUUUCGUUACUUGUACGCUAACUUUACAUAGUGCUUGUGAUCAACUCUCAAAGACAAAGUGUGUUUAAACUUUGCUACGCAUACAGUUCAGCAGUUCUGUUUGUCUUGUUUGAUUUAUUCUUAAGGAUGUAAAUAAAAGUCUUUUGUAAUGAAA